AUGCUUACUCUGCAAGUGGCCAGCAUUUUUUCGACCACAGUAGAGGCUACCCUCUAUGGAUACUCGGUCUUCAUGUUCAUGCUGGCCAUGUGGAUCAUGCUUCGGGACAGAAGGAGGCGGCACAUCAAUCACUGGAUGGUCGCUGCGGGGUGCGGACUGAUAGCCUUAGCGACUGCAGAGAUGGCUGUUAAUAUCGCCCGGGUGUAUCAAGGAUUUGUGUCGAAAGGUCCUUUCACAGACGGAGGACCAGAGGCCUACUUCGCCAACGUGUCGGAACUCACAUUCGUUGUAAAGAGUUGCCUGUACAAUGCCCAAACACUCAUUUUGGACGCCGUCGUGAUCUACCGUACUUACGUGGUAUGGCAGAAUAUUCUAGUAUGUGUAGUCCCAAUGAUAGGGUGGUGUGGACUUUUCGCCGGCUCGAUCGGUCUGAAUGUUGCUCUGGCCACUGCGCCUCAGAAAGGAGACGUGUUUGCGGUUCAGACCGGUGAAUGGAUCACGUCAGUCUAUGCGCUAACAUUGGCCACCAAUCUAUCAUCAACAAGUGCCGGAGCAAUAUACUCGAUGACAAUCACUGCAGCGCUCAUCUCCUUUGUCGUCAAGUCCAAUGGCGUGUAUGUCCUGCUUGACAUGAUCUCACCCAUCAUCUCAAUAGUCUUCAACAUGCUCAUAAUUCGCGUCGGCCUCGCUCAUGAUUCCAGUUUCGGCACGAGUGGUACGAACGGCUGGGGCACCGCGAUGAUGUCAGACCGUGGCAGUCACCUGCGGCGACGUCUUGAGGGCACGUUCGAAAUGAAAGACCUUAGAGUCGAGAUCACCCAGGUCGUCGAGGAAGACUUUCAAUACGAGCGGGAGCAGGAGCUGGAUGCAGAUGCCCUGGGACCGGGAACCCCAAUGGACUCGCUCCCACCUACGGACCUGAAGGGAGAGCCCCUGGAGCCGAAGCGUGCAGAGUCUCUCAGGGAACCAGGGUACAGCGGCCUGUGUUCGGAGAAGGCCGAGAACGAAGCGAUCGUUUGA